AUGUCUUCCAAAGCUAGGUAUUAUUUAGAGCAAGCAAUUCCAGAGAUCGAUGAUCUGGUGGAUAAGGGUCUCUUCACCAAGAAAGAAGUCAGCAGCAUUAUGAAAAAGAGAACAGAUUUCGAGCAUAGACUCAACUCUAGAGGGUCCCGGAUCGAAGAUUACGAAAAAUAUAUCGAGUUUGAACUAAACGUGGAAAAACUGCGUAGAAAACGUGUUCAGAGAAUACUGGAAGGUUCAAAAUCCAAUAGCAUAUCGGAUUGGUCAAUUCCGCAACGAGUUCAGUUCAUUUUCCAACGAGGAUGCAAUAAAUUUCCCAAAGAGCUGAAAUUUUGGUCACUGUAUCUGAACUACCUCAAAACUCAGGGCCACAAGACCUCGUACCGUAGAAUUCAUAGCGUUUACAGCCAGCUGCUGAAACUGCAUCCAACAAAUAUCGAUAUAUGGGUGAGUUGUGCAAAGUACGAGUAUGAAACACAUGCGAACUUCAAAAGUUGUAGAACUGUUUUUCAAACAGGAUUGCGUUUCAAUCCAGAUUCUGCAACGCUAUGGUACGAAUAUGUUAAGUUCGAACUCAACUUUAUCACAAAAUUGAUCAAUAGACGCAAAGUAAUGGGUCUGAUCAAUGAGCGCGAACAGCAAUUGGAUAUGCAAACUCAGCGACAAGAAGCUGAACAGCGAGCAGGGAAGGGUUCAGAUGUCGCACAAGAUGAGGGCGACGAUGACCUAGGCCUCUCCGGCCCUUCAACCGGCGACAACAUGAAGGACAAAUUGAAUGAGCUGCCCGAAGCAGACAUGGACAUGUUGGGAAGUGAAGAGACAAAUCCUGCCCUCCGUGGCGAUAUCGCACUAACAAUUUUUGAUUUCGCCAUGGAAAAACUGGGACAGAGCUUCUUGAAUACACAUAGAGGUUAUUACGCAGUCACUGAGUCAAAGCCGGAUCAUGAACUAAGUAUUGCAAUGGUUAGCAAGCUUUUCAAGAUUUCUUUGACUUACAUCAGCCUGUUUGAUGAAUUCUCAGAUCUUAAGAGGGAUUACCUGAUAAAUCACAUCAUUCAGUUCUGGAGGAAUAACAAUUAUGAUGUUCGACUAGACCAAGAGCUACCAGAUGUUUACGUUAAACUCCUGCUAUUGGAAAUUACUUUGAAUAUAAGGUUCAUGAGCGUGUCUCAAUUGGAUGUCGAUCAGCUUCAGCUAUCCGUCAAUAAGUUUACUGCAUACAAAGGAAAGGUUACCGGAAACAUCGGUAAAGAGAUUAAGGCAUCAUUCGUUGCGUACCUCCAGGAUAAAAUACUGACAAGAUUGGAGGAGGACCACGAUCCAAGAUACAAGAUCAUUAAUGCUAUCAUUAAAAAGUUGUAA